AUGAUUGCCGAGAUUUACCUGUUCUUUGUUGGAAAAUACAUGACGAAGCCCGGAGAAGCGGUAAAUCCACCAACGCGAGCUCUCUACGUUGGCACAAACAUCGGCACCCUCUACUCGAUAUUCUCUAACCUGAUGUUAAUGUAUUUAUUGCGACGUCUUCACUACCGCCGAAAACAAAACUGGCGCCAAAAAAUGGAACGAUUCAACGACCCGUCAAUCGCUCGAAUCUCGUAUAUGGUCGGCUGGGAGGGACUACCCAAA